CACACACAUAGAGGUAGUUGCCAGCUGGUUGUAGGAGCUCGCAGCUUUUAUUUCUCCCCUCGUUUCACGGUCCACAGCAAACACACACACACACACACACACACAAGCACGCGCGCUCUGAACACGAGAGUCAUCAGUGAGCUGCAGAAGAGUUUGCGACUCGUUCCUCGCGCUCCUUCAUCAUCAUCAUCAUCAUCAUCUCUCCUCAUCCACAGCUUUAAUCGCGGAGACAUACAGCGCGCGCGUACAGCAGGCUCGGACCUCCUCCACGGCUGCUCCCGGUUCAGCAUGGAUACACACCCGGAGGAGAGGAAAGCAUCUCCGGAGCACGGCUCUGUCCCCGCGCGCCGCUCGCCCUCUCUCUCCGCCGCCGCCGCCGCCGCCGUGGGUCUCGCGCUGUUGCUCAGUGCUCUGGCCACGUGCUGUUUCACGGUGAUUAAAACGCGCGAGAUGGAGAGCAGAGUGCUCGCGCUGGAGCGGGUGAGCGGCGGCCCGGUGCCCGAGGAGCUGCGAGACUCCGUCCGAAGUCUGGUGCGAGAAACGCUGAGCGAGCUGAUGCCCAGAGUACGCACGGCGAGAGACGUGAAUCACGAGUGCGUCUGUCCUCCAGGUCCUCCAGGAAAGCGUGGCAGGAUGGGAAGACGAGGAGAUCCUGGACCUCCAGGGAAACCUGGACGAGAUGGCUACCCGGGGCCUCUCGGCUUGGACGGUAAACCUGGUCCUCCUGGGCAAAAAGGAAGUCAGGGGCCAGCUGGACCAAAAGGAGAUAAGGGUGACCAAGGAGAGAUUGGGCCAAGGAUGGUCUUUCCUCGCUAUGAUCACAGCUUCAUCUCUGCCGACCAGCCCACUUUCCAGAGACGUAUGCUGAAGGGUGACCAAGGCCAGGCCGGUCCACCAGGUCCUCCAGGUCCACCCGGACCCCCUGGGCCAAGAGGUCCUCCUGGAAACACGGGGAAGGAUGGACCCCGGGGUCCCCCUGGAGAAAAAGGUGUCCCUGGGAACAAUGGACAUCAGGGACUGAGAGGUUUACCAGGUGAUCCGGGUGAAGAUGGUACACCAGGUUAUCCAGGCCCACAGGGACCUCCAGGGUCAAAGGGAGAACAUGGUGAACCAGGAGCCAAAGGUGACCGAGGCAUGGAUGGCCUCCCUGGCCUUAAAGGAGACAAAGGAGAAGUCGGAGAAACAGGACCUCAGGGAGAAAUGGGUCUUCCGGGUGAGAAAGGUGCAACAGGCUCAAGUGAUGUCAUCGCCUUCAACGACAAAAUACUAGAUGCUUUUCGGGCGAUCCACACCAUCAGUGUUUCGGGACCACCAGGUCCUGCUGGACCUCCAGGACCUCCGGGAAAGGACGGUGCAAAGGGAGAACUGGGCUUACCUGGACUAGCUGGAGUAGAUGGAGAGAAGGGAGCCAAGGGAGAUGCUGGAGAACCAGGAACCCCUGGAGACAGAGGAGAGAAGGGAGAGAUGGGACUCUCUGGUCCCGCUGGAAUGGAUGGACCGAAAGGUGAGAAAGGAGACAGCAGACUAGAAGACAACCUGGUUCAGAUGAUUUCUCAGCCAGGACCACCAGGACCUCCAGGACCAAGAGGACCUCCGGGAUUUAUGGGUCAUCCUGGUAUUCCUGGUCCAAAGGGUGAUCCAGGAGAGAGUAUUAAAGGAGAGAAGGGAGACAGCGGAGUUCCAGGAAUCCCAGGAGUUAAGGGCCCACAGGGACCCACAGGUCCAGCAGGGUUGGUCGGCCUUCCGGGAUCCAAGGGUGAAAAAGGAAAACAAGGAGAGCCUGGAUUAGACGGCUUUCCUGGGCUUACAGGGGAAAAAGGAGACACGGGGGCAAAAGGAGAAAAGGGCGAUCGUGGCUCUGUAGGCAAGAGAGGUCUGAAGGGGCAGAAAGGAGAGCAGGGGCCGCCCGGGUUAGACCAGCCCUGUCCUGUGGGUUCUGCCGGAUGUAAGGGCCAGGCAGGGGAAAGCGGGCAGGCUGACGCCGGAGCUCCCUGCCGGCUGGGUCCAGAUGGACUUCCAAUACCAGGCUGUUGGCACAAGGACGAAGGGACGAUGCAGAGAAUCAAGCGAAAGCGUCUGUCGCAGCCUUGACUACGCGGUCAGAGGAGUGAAAUAAUCAAUCCGUCAUACAGGAGCGUCUUCGUGAUGAACUGAAGCCUGGCGAAGUGCCCUUGCUCUGUAGGGCACAUGGGAAUGUAGUGGCUCUCAUGAUGGUCACUGUUGUCCAACGAGGAUGUUUUGACACUAGCUCUUCACUAGCUGAUGGAUGGAAAAGCUGAUUUUAGCUUGGUAACUGCAAGCUAAUAUUUGGGUGUCGAGAGUGUCUGAUAUGGAAAUGAUAUCGAAGAGCUAACUGAUAUCUAACUUUGAGUACCAUUUCUUGAUUUGCUCUCAUUAGUAGCAUAUGCUUUUUUUUUUUUUUUUUUAAAUUUGAUUUUAUUCAGCGUCUGCAAGAAAUGAACUGGUGUUUGGUCACUCAGAUGGUUCGUUAUUUUUGGUAGUUGUUUUGUAAUUAAGGAAGAUUAGCGUGUUACUGUAUUUUUUUAUUAUUAUUAUUAUUAUUAUGAUGAUGAUUAUUAUUAUAUGUACACUACUACUAGAUUGUAUUAUAUUUUGUUAACAUACUGUCAUAUUGAUUGAUCAUAUUGUUGGGAUUCUUCAUAUUACAACUGCGACCUGUGAUUUCAUUUAACAUCACAUUCAGUUUCUGUAUCUAUGUAUUAAUUUAUAGUAUAUUUUGAUAUAUUUGGUAUAUUACGGUAUAAAUGCUAGGGAUGCAUCGAUAUGUUUUUUUUUUUUUUUUUUUACACCGAGUUUUUUGGUACUCAUCGAUACGAAUAAUGAUACCGAAAUGAGUAACCUACUUUCUAUUAAGCAAACAAUGGUGUUACCUUAUUUUAUUUAGCUCUGUUUAGGUUUCCCUGGUUUAAAAUGCAGCCAUGAAACAUGUACAUGUGUGUAGGCUACUAGGCUCGUGAGUUUAUUUUAAAUGAAGUGCAUUAGCUAGCUAGGUGAGCUACUUUGGAUCAACUUUGGAAAAGCAGUUUUUAAUCAGUUGCGAUUAAAUCACCUUUUAUUGUUUUCAUUGCAUCGAAAUCGAUCAUUGUCAUUGACCGAUAGCGGCUGAUCGUAAAGAACAACAUACUGGGUAAGAGCUGUUAUUUUCUCACCUAGUGUCAUCUGUAGACAUUUCUUCUCACUGUUAAUCACUUUAAGAUGUUUUACUUCUUUGUUUUGUCAUCAUUAAUCGUCCAGAUCGCGGCCAUCUCAUGUCAUCGGUUCACUAGAGUGACAACGUACGCUGCCUUCAGGUCCUCCUCGUAAGAUUGUGUGUACGAAUACGGAGGUAGUGAUUAUGACAUAGUGUGUGUUUAAGUGGUUUUGUUCAGAAAAAAACAGCUAAAACAAAAAUUUACUUUGUUUUUAUUUAUAUUUUUUUGUAUCAUCAGUGACAAAGAAGUUUAUUUUGCCUUAGUGAAAGAAAAUACUGAACAGUUAACAUGCAUAAUUAUUACUUAAAUCUUAACAUCUGCUAUAGACGUCACAUUCAUAUUGGGGGCUUUUUGUUAUUGACACGCCCCCAAUUUGUGAAGUCGAGAUUCAUAGAACAGAGUUCCCGAGUGGUAAUUACGCCAUUGUUGUGCCGUUCAUGCGCGUUCACUUCGUAAUAACGAUAUUUGCGACAGCACUUGAAGGCAGCAGUACACUAGGCCUACGUCAUGUACUAUCACAUGGUAUCGUUUUUGGGUAUUUUUCCAAGUACGAGUAAACGAGUGUGAUAUCAGACCUGAUAAAGAGUCUAUACUUGUAUCAGUAUUGAUGCAUCCCGUGAACUGCAUUUUAAAAUAUGAUAACUUUGUCACAAGAAGACUAAAGUGAGGACCGUUUAGUUUUCAGUAAUGUAAAUUUAUAGAUGUUAUAGAUGUAGACUUUUAGCGUGACUUUUAGCGUGACUCACGCCCAUUAAUUUACAGAAACAUUUACAUUUGUUUAUUUGCUACACAAGUUAAGAAGAAUAUACUCCAAGCAGUUGCAUAGUUCACUUAAACGGACGAUUAUUAACUAAAAUUCUCACUUUUCACUUUGUAUGAAACAAAUUCUGCAUCUUUAUUUGGCUUUAAAACAGUGUUAGAAAGUCAUUUAGCUCUUCUUCCAAUUUACUGAUCUUCAUAUUGACAUUAAUAUAUAUUUAUACACACACACACACGUGUGUAUUGUAGAUCUUCUACACAUUUACUGCUAUAGAUAGGAAAGAGAUUUUACGCCAUUUCACACACAUUUCAUGGUUGGUGCCUUAAACGAAUGUAUACAAAGCCAUUUAAAUAGUUGUGAAUAAAUCACAAGCCAUUAUGAAGCAGUCUGUUCAAUCCCACUUACUGUGAAUUCUUGCGUGGUUUUUUUUUUCCCUCAGCUUUAAGAACUGAAUUUACUUUGUAAUGGUAUUACUUUGAAACAGUGUUGCUGCUGAACCAGUAUGUGUAUUUAACUUUUUUGGAUUUAUGAGAAGGGGAAGAUUCUCAGCAGCUGCAUGCCACCAGCGACAUGCCACCUUUAAGGUUUGUGUUUUAUAAAAUAAAUAUAAAGGUUGUUAAAAAAAAAAAGAAGAAGUAUGCAUAGCUUUGUGGACUGGACUUUAUAGAAUGAUGGUUUAGACAGAAGGUUUCAUACAGGAAUUAUUUCAACAUUUUGAAUUUUUUUCCCCCUAUAUAGUCUGUCAGUUUAAACUGUUUGUUUCUGUGUGCAAGUUCAGCAAAAUGGUGUUCACUUAUUGUACUCUUAAUACAGAGAUGUGGCCAUGAAGCACCAUGAAAAUGUUCAUAUAUUUCCAAAUAAACUAUUUUCACUUAA